AUGGCGGAGAGUCCGACUGAGGAGGCGGCGACAGCAGGCGCCGGGGCGGCGGGCCCCGGGGCGAGCGGCGUCGCCGGUGUUGUUGGCGUUAGCGGCGGCGGCGGGUUCGGGCCGCCUUUCCUGCCGGAUGUGUGGGCGGCGGCGGCGGCAGCGGGCGGGGCCGGGGGACCAGGGAGCGGCCUGGCUCCGCUGCCCGGGCUCCCGCCCUCGGCCGCUGCCCACGGGGCCGCGCUGCUUAGCCACUGGGACCCCACACUCAGCUCCGACUGGGACGGCGAGCGAACCGCGCCGCAGUGUCUACUCCGGAUCAAGCGGGAUAUCAUGUCCAUUUAUAAGGAGCCUCCUCCAGGAAUGUUCGUUGUACCUGAUACUGUUGACAUGACUAAGAUUCAUGCAUUGAUCACAGGCCCAUUUGACACUCCUUAUGAAGGGGGUUUCUUCCUGUUCGUGUUUCGGUGUCCGCCCGACUAUCCCAUCCACCCACCUCGGGUCAAACUGAUGACAACGGGCAAUAACACAGUGAGGUUUAACCCCAACUUCUACCGCAAUGGGAAAGUCUGCUUGAGUAUUCUAGGUACAUGGACUGGCCCUGCCUGGAGCCCAGCCCAGAGCAUCUCUUCCGUGCUCAUCUCCAUCCAGUCCCUGAUGACUGAGAACCCUUAUCACAAUGAACCUGGCUUUGAGCAGGAGAGACAUCCAGGAGACAGCAAAAAUUACAAUGAAUGUAUUCGGCAUGAGACCAUCAGAGUGGCGGUCUGUGACAUGAUGGAAGGAAAGUGUCCCUGCCCUGAACCCCUACGAGGGGUGAUGGAGAAGUCCUUCCUGGAGUAUUAUGACUUCUAUGAGGUGGCCUGCAAAGAUCGUCUGCACCUUCAAGGCCAGACUAUGCAGGACCCUUUUGGAGAGAAGCGGGGCCACUUUGACUACCAGUCCCUCUUGAUGCGCCUGGGACUGAUUCGUCAGAAAGUGCUGGAGAGGCUCCAUAAUGAGAACGCCGAAAUGGACUCUGAUAGCAGCUCGUCUGGGACAGAGACAGACCUGCACGGGAGCCUGAGGGUUUAGACCCUGCUCCCCUCUCCCCUCCCCCCACUCGAGAGUCCCAGCAAAGUCCCUUCCCCCCACCCCAGGGAUGGAGAGGCACUUGUGUAUCUCCCUCCAAAUGUGACAUCAUCCUGCAAGAUGGCAAGAACCAAGCAAGCUUGGAUCCCAGGGUGUGGAAGUGGGGAGGCUGUUCCCGAUCUGACCUCCUUGGCUCUCGAGCAUCUGGGGCUGUGUUCAUCCCAUAUCAGGGGCCAAGGUACCUAUGCAGGAGCACCUAGGGCGAGGGCCUCUGGCAAAAACAAAACAACCAACACACCUCUCCACAGGGCCAGGUCCUUAGGGACAGGUGGAGACAGAAAUUGCAAUUCCUAGAGGGAGUGUGCCCAAACGAUUUAUGGGGAUAUCUGGAAGGGAGCUUGGGGUGGGGAGCUGUCUGUGACACUUAAGCAGUCUGGGUGGUUGUCUGUCUGUCUGUCUUCAGUUUUGAAGCAGGGCUUCCCAAUGCCCUUUUCCUCCCUGCCUCUUCACCCCCAUUAUUUCCCACAGGCCAGCAUAAUUUUGUUUUUCCUAAUUUAUAGUCACUGUUCUAGACAGACCAAAGAGAAGGAACAGUGGUGGAGUCUAGGCUGCUGACGAGUAAGCUUUACCAGCACCUGAGCACCUUUCUCCUCUGCCCCCCAUUCCCUCACCCACUCUAGAUUUAAGACAGAAGGUAAACGUGACGGGGCCUGAACCGAGGUCUUGGGAAAGCCUGCACAGGCACCAUAAGAAGCUGACUUGCCGUUAGUUCCCGCAAUCACCGAUUUGAAAGGUUCCCAAUGCAGACAACUGUUGUGUGUAUGGGAUUAGAGCCACUACAUAGAACAGUCUCUUACAGAUUUUUCAUAAAUACUAGUCACAAUGAGGGUAUUACUCCUGGGGGUGGGGUACAGGGGGCAGGCUGAUGCUAGUCCUAUUGUAUUUUGUUUGGCUGUCCUUGUGUGUUUUCACCUCAGCCUGUAGUCCCCCUCCUCACUUCAAGGCCCAGGGAGGGGGCUUCCGUGGUGGUGGGGCUUCCGUGGUGGCGCAGUGGUUGAGAGUCCGCCUGCCGAUGCAGGGGACACGGGUUCGUGCCCCGGU